AUGACGGAGGCAGCGCCCAUCAGCAACAUUGUGCUGUUCCCACGACAGUCGGUUCUACGUUACAGAAACGACCCGGUUUUAUAUCCAGUCAAGGACUGUCACUUCAGCAGCAUUCCCACUAUAUGUGUUGGGAACUUCUAUGCUGCCACUACAGCAACACUAAUGGCAGAAUUAAAUUCGCGCGCUUCGGCAAUAAAGGCCAUUAAACGCAUACACGAUCGGGUGAGUGGAUUCCAGCAGGGUGCAUUUGAUGAAUUUCAUCUUCAGCAAGAGUUGAAAUCAUUGUCAGCACAUUAUGCACGUUUCGUGACCAACCAUGAGCUGCUGGUGGGCAAUGCAGCAAACGCCGAGUUGGAGGCCCACGAGAAGUUAUGGGAAGAGGUUGAAGGUAUUUACAACAAUGCAUGUACCCACUUGAACCGUGCAAUCAUGGGUGCAAAACCGAGUCAGUCUGCUGUGAUGUCUGUGCGAGAGUGUGAGGUUAAGUUAGAACCGCUUGCAAUUCCAACGUUCGAUGGAACUAUGCAGAAUUGGCUGGCGUUUAAGGACGUUUUUGAAUUGCUUGUCCACAAUACAGACUAUCCUGAGGCCUACAAGUUAGGCAAGUUGCGGAAACGUUUUGACAAUAGAAGGCAACUGGCUGAGACUCAUGUGUCACGCUUACUCAAUAUCAAGCCGACAACUGAGGACACACCAACUGCGUUACUGUUCAUCGUCGACACGGUACAUGAAUCACUACGAGCUUUACAUGUCAUGGGUCUACCAGUGGCCGAAUGGGAUGCUGUGGUCGUACCGAUAAUAGUUUCGAAACUUCCGAUAACUACACAGCGCGAAUGGAACAUGAGCUGUUCACCCACCGAAAUUCCGAGCCUCGAUGAGCUGCUUACGUUUUUGGGUCAGCGGGCUCAUAGCCUCAGCACAACAGUUGUCACAUGGAGCAAUGGGGUUGAAUUUACGUCCAAGAGUCAUCAUCGCGCUGGUGGUCCGUCAAGAGCUGUCAGAUCACACGUCGUAUCUGCAGAGGAGGAGCCUGCUGUGGUAGGUUGCCUUGCCAACGCGAGUUCAACAGUGUUAUUGGCAACUGCGCGUGUAUACGCAUGCGGCAACUCUACCAAUGGACGUCUGGCGCGGGUGCUCUGUGAUCCCGGAUCACAGGUCAGUUUUAUAACAGAUAAAUUAACUAACUCUUUGUCUCUUCAUAGGAGCAAAUGCGAAGUUUCGGUGGAAGGAAUCGGAGCUUACUCCUACGCACGUACACGUGGGCGUGUCACACUCACGUUAAAAUCGCGCUAUUCCAGUUUCAGUUUGGAAAUCGUUGCACUUGUCACGCAGUCAAUUACUAAGGUCAUCCCAACAGUGCAUAUUGACAUGACACGGUGGCAGCAUUUGAAUGGUCUAGAAUUGGCCGAUACGCAGUUCGGCAUUCCUAGCAAUAUCGACAUUCUUAUUGGUGCGGAUGUAUGGGGAAAAGCAGUCGAAGGGGACAUAAGACUCGGUGGCCUCAAUGAGCCACACGCCCAGCGAACCCGCUUCGGCUGGGUUGUCUUCGGUCCAGUGCCAGCAGCGCAGCCAGCAACGCCGCCAACUCUUUCCUUCAGCACCCAGCAAGGCGAAGAGGACGCACGCUUGGAGGAGCUCGUAAGAAGCUUUUGGAAGUUAGAGGAAGUGCCUUCACAAGAUUGUAACGGCGAAGAUGAAUGUGAGAAAAUCUUUUUGACCACACACUCCCGCACAAGGGAAGGGCGCUACAUGGUUCAUAUACCAUUUCAUCCUGACGCACCGGCUUUGGGCAACUCAUACGCCCAUGCUUUACGACAAUUUCACCUUCUUGAACGACGACUAGCAGCGAAUUGUGAGCUCAAGAAAAAAUACAUUGCCUUCAUGCGCGAAUACGCGGACCUCGGCCAUAUGGAACCCGUUAGUCACAUUGGAGAUGGGGGGGUCAACUACUACAUCCCUCACCAUGCGGUUCUGGAAAAGUUCCGCGUUGUGUUCAAUGCUUCAGCGCGGACCACGAGCGGCCUCUCACUGAACGACGUCCAGUUGGUGGGAGCCACGAUUCAAGAACCACUUGUGAAUAUCAUCUUUCGUUUUUGGUGUUUUCGCGUAGCAUUAACAGCAGACAUCGAGAAAAUGUUCCAUCAAAUUCUGAUAACUCCCGAACAUAGGGAUUUCCAACGCAUUAUUUGGAGAGAAUCACCAGACACUGACCUAGCAGUAUACCGUUUAACUACAGUGACGUAUGGGAUGGCUUGUAGCCCGUACAACGCAGUUCGCGCACUCAAUCAAUGCAGUUGUGAUAACUACAACGUAGUCGCAGAUGGCCAUCAGUCGAUUGUUGCGUGCGAUGCGAUUCUGUCAUCAUUUUAUGUAGAUGAUUUUCUCAUCAGUUGUGACACUGAGGAUAAAGCCUUCGAACUCGCUGUCAAUGUGAGUGCGAUUUUGUCGGCCGGACAGUUCCGUUUACGAAAAUGGAGUUCUAAUAGUGGUGAGGUUGUAAAGCGUUUAAUUAGUAACAAUUCCUCAAUCGUAGAGUUAGCAAGUGAACCAUCGACGGCAACUGUGCUUGGUUUAAGUUGGGACCCAACAACAGAUGAGAUCUUUUUCAAAGCGAAUCUAAACCAGAACAUCGGAUGUCUCACAAAACGUCGGGUUUUAAGUGAGGUCGCCAAACUAUUUGAUCCUACUGGCAUGCUUGCUCCAAUUGUUAUUGCCGGGAAGAUAUUUAUUCAGAAGUUGUGGUCUGCUGGCUUAGAAUGGGAUGCACCACUCCCAGAUGCACUUCAAAAUACGUGGGUCUUAUUUUACAGAGAACUUGACGUGAUAAACCGUAUCCGUGUACCACGAUGGUUAGGUUUGGCUGAGGGUAAGACUACUAUGCUACUUGGGUUUUGUGAUGCAAGUCCACUUUCCUAUGCGGCUGUCCUCUAUACUAGGACAACAGACGGUGAAGGUCGGUCAACUGUAUCAUUGCUAACAGCUCGCACCAAAGUGGCGCCACUCAAGGGUGCAACGAUUCCUCGCCUAGAACUUUGUGCGGCACAUUUACUCGCAUCCACACUUGACAGUGUGCGGACUGCUUUACGUCUAACGGACGCUUCUUAUCAUUUAUGGUCCGACUCGCGAAUCGUGUUAUGUUGGUUACGUAAACCUCCAACUACCCUCAAGCCGUACAUUUCCAAUCGUGUUCGUCACAUUCAAGAGCUGAUAUCACCAGAUCGUUGGCAUUAUGUACGGUCUGCACAAAAUCCGGCAGACUGUGCCAGUAGAGGUAUCCGAGCAUCAGAACUGGUUGAACAUCAGUUGUGGUGGCAAGGGCCAAAAUGGCUUAUGGACAAACAGCUACCAAUUUACUUUGGAAUCGAAUUAAAAGAUGACGAGCUUGACAUUGUACGUGGUGAACAGAGAGUGUCAUCAUUUGUAGCAACGACGGCCCACGCGAGCAUUCUUACAACUCGACGUCUAGACGGCCAAAUAAUUCCAUUAAGCGAACGCUUUAGUUCAUUGCAAAAGCUUCUUCGUACCGUGGCAAUCGUACUUCGGUGGCUACCAGUUCGCCGACAUUUGCGAAGACUGAUCGUCAAUCCUACAGAAAUGGACGAUGCUCUUAACGUGCUAAUCCGAAACGAGCAAUAUACCUUUGCGACUGAUAUGUCUCUGAUUCGGAAGGGAUCGGAAAUAUCCAGCUCCAGCAAACUAAGGUCAUUGAACCCUUACAUAGAUUGUAACGACAUAUUGCGAGUCAGAGGUCGUAUUGGUCACGCUGACCUUCCAGAAGAUCGACGUUUUCCGAUAAUUUUACCGAAGCAUGGGAGUUUGGUACACUUACUCAUGCGACACGCACAUGAAACCACGCUUCAUGGUGGGGCGCAAAUCACUCUUCAAACUCUUCGCGCACGGUACUGGAUAUUGAACGGAAGGCAAGCAGUCCGAAGCUUUGUGCAGACUUGUGUUAUUUGCCGACGACAUCGAGGCGUAACGUUAUCUCAGCAGAUGGCAUCCUUACCCAGGCAUCGCAUUACUGCAGCACGGCCAUUUAUAUCUUCAGGCGUCGACUAUUGCGGGCCUUUUACAGUGCGCAUCGGCACAAAAAGGUCGCGUACAACGAUCAAAACAUAUCUAGCUGUUUUCGUUUGCAUGGCGACCAAGGCCGUGCAUAUUGAAGUUGUUGAUGAUCUGUCAUCACCUGCAUUCUUAGCUGCAUUUACGCGAUUUACAAGUAGACGAGGUCCAUGUCGAGAUCUCUAUAGUGACAACGGUACUACGUUCACAGGUGCUAACCGUUUGCUUAAAGAAGACUUGGCUGCUUGGCAGAACGACAACAACCAACAAAGUUUGGCGAAUCUCGGUACUCAUUGGCACUUUAUCGCUCUCAGCGCUCCUCAUCAAGGUGGUCUCUGGGAGGCUGCGGUAAAAUCUGCCAAAUAUCAUUUGGUGCGCCUCGUUGGAGCGCAGUCAUUAUGGUAUAGCCAACUUCAGACUUUGGCGACACGUAUUGAAGCAUGCCUAAAUUCUCGUCCGCUAACACCUAUAUACGAUGAUCCCAAUGAUAAGUUAGCUUUGACCCCUGCCGACUUUCUGGUUGGCGCUCCACUGGUUGCAGUCCCUGAAGCUGACAUCAGAACAAUUCCGUCCAACCGUAUUAAGCACUGGCUCUGGCUGCGUCAGAUACAUCAACAAUUUUGGCAACGAUGGAGCGAGGAAUAUUUAUCUACCCUUCAAACUCGAAACAAGUGGCAGACGAAAUCAAGGGACGUAAAGAUCGGAGACAUAGUCAUCGUAAGACAUGAGAACUUACCACCAACAUAUUGGCGCUUAGGGCGCGUAACUGCGGUUCAUCCGGGCAGCAAUGGUUUAAUACGUAAUGUCACGCUUCAGACGGCGAACGGUAUGAUGACGCGUGCGGUACAGAAAUUGUGCCGGCUUCUGGACGCAGAGCAUUUUGAGGCCAGCGCCUCAACCGGGCAGGAUGUUCAGAAUUCGUCCAGUCUGGCCCCACCUUAA